AUGGAACGGAGGAAUCCACUGCCCUAUCCUGUGACGCCGGAGCUGAGGAACAGUCAACCUGCAUUACGGUGGGGAGCGCCCUGGGCACAGGGUCUUCAAAACUCCUUCCCAAAUACUACUUCCCUUCCUUAUCCGGAAAACGACCCAGUUCAGCCACCUUCGUCGGAGCCCACGGUGGGAGGAAGCACCAACCCUGCGUCUCCAAACGAUGAAAUUCUCAUUGCGGUCUUUGGCAUGACAGGAACAGGGAAGACAACAUUCAUUGAAAAGGUCUCAGGUCAGAAACUCAACAUUGGACAUAACCUCCAUUCCUGCACAAUGAACAUUGAAAAAAUCCACUGCAAAAUCGGCAACUACAACAUAACCCUCGUCGACACCCCCGGCUUCGAUGACACCUCCCGUUCAGACACCGACGUCCUAAUCCUGAUCGCCAACUGGCUGCGCGAGUCCUACAAACAGCACACCCUGCUCUCAGGCAUCAUCUACCUGCACCGCAUCUCCGACCCACGGAUGUCCGGCUCCUCCAUCAAAAACCUCCGCAUGUUCCGGAAACUCUGCGGAGCAGAAAGUAUGCAUAACGUCUCGCUUGUAACCACGAUGUGGGACAAAGUAACUAGAGUUGAAGGAGAGACGAGGGAGAAGGAUCUCAUGGAUGGGGAGAAUGGGUUUUGGAGAGCGAUGAUUAAGAGUGGGUGUUUGGUGAGGAGACAUGAUGGAAGUGUAGAGAGUGCGAGGGGAUUGGUGGCCGAGUUAGCUAGCAUGAAGAGAACGGUGCUAAGGCUGCAGGAGGAGAUUGCGGAAGGGAAGAAGCUGAUUGAGACGGAUGCGGGUGUAUCGCUCAACGAAGAGUUACUAAGAGUGAAGAGGCAGCAUGAGGAGGAGUUGAGGUGUGUGAAGGAGGAGAUGGAGGCUGCGAUGAGGAGUGGUAAGCAUCUCGCCCAUUCAAAUCCUCUCGUGUUCUCCCGCUCUGUGGGGAGUGGAAAAUAA